AUGGAUAACCAUCACGUUGAUGGUGUUGGGAGAUUUUCCAUGUUAGCACAAGGCGCAUUAGACGAAGCUUCUUCAGAUAUUAACGUUGGCGUAAAAAAAUCAGCUAAUGAUGGAACUGGAUUAUAUCAAAUUGUAUUAUUAGUGGUAUGUGGUUUGGUGAAUAUGUCUUGUGCUAUAUCUACGACAGCCGUAUCAUUUAUAUCACCUGCGGCUGAAGAAGAUUUCGAUUUAAAUUCCACUACAAAAGCCAUAUUAAAUGGAGCUCCGUUUCUUGGAAUGGUAUUAGGCGCAUAUUUCUGGGGUAUUUGUGGCGAUUUAAAAGGAAGGCGAUUUGUUAUCUUGGGAUCGAUGGGAAUGGAUACAUUAUUUACUAUAUUUUCUUCUUUAGUACAACAUGUUGAAUUGUUUUUCAUACUCAGAGUUGGGAACGGAUUUGCUAUUAUUGGUGCUACUUGCAUGGUUUACGUGUACUUUGGUGAAUUUUUAACACCUUCCAAAAGAGACAGUUAUUUACUUUUUCUUGAAUUAUUUUGGGCUUUAGGAAUGAUGGUUGGACCAGGUUUAGCUAUGGUGAUAAUUCCUAGCAAUAUUAUUUUGGUUUCAUCGGUACAUUUCAAAUUUAAUGCUUGGAGAAUUUUUUUGCUUUUAACAUCAAUACCAAGUUUAAUCGCGUUUGUGCUGAUUUUCCAAUACCCAGAAACACCGCGUUUUUUAAUGUUUCGAGGUUAUUUGAUUAAGUCCAGAGAAGUUUUGGAACGCAUUUAUUUAGUUAACAACAAAUUUACAACUGUACCAUAUUCGGUACAAAUUUUCACUCAAACCCAUUCAGCAGUUUGGUUUGAUUCAGGAUUUAUUGGAGGCAUACCAUUCAUGAAAAAUGUUAAAAGAAGAUUAACUGUCCUAAAAAAUGGUCACAUAACUCUGUUUUCUAAGUAUUUUAAAAACAUCAUUGUGGCUUGUAUUAUAGAAUUUUGUUUGAUGGCAUCAUAUAUUACUAUUCUAGUAUGGGUACCUGAAUUGUUUUCUAGAUACUCUAAUUACAAACUACAAAAUACAAAUGGUGUAAAUUUAUGUACAGCUUCAGAAUGGCAUUUAAAAUACAACACCGUGUAUACUGGGCUAAUAGUUUCAGUCAAUGCUUACUUAGCUGCUUUAAUAGUGGCAUGUUCUACAAUACCUCUUGUACUAAUUACUGGGAUCAUAAUUAAAUAUGUUGACAAAAAAAUAUUGCUAUGUAUGUAUUUGGUAUAUAAUGUUGAGUUGUUUGUGUAUGAUAUGGAAAGGUUCUUCAUACACAUUUAUAUUAUUUUAAAAGAGAUUUAG